AUGCAGCCCACUGCCGUUGCUGCUGCUGCGGCGGAAGAGCUGGCGGCACUCACGGCUCGAGGCAGUCGAGCCAGUUCUUUGAGCACGUGCUGUAGCUGCAGCACGCCUCGUUUCGCCAGCACUGAAGGAUACACGGCAGCAAGACACCUGGGUAUGGUUGUCUUCAUGCGCCACGGUGCAAGAGCUCCCAAAGUUCGUGUCUCUUCCACGGAGUCUUCGAUGAGCACUGCUGCUGCUGCUGCUGCUCCUGUAGGCGAUGACACAGCGGACGGGGGUGCUUCAGGGGGCAGCACGUUUGGCAGCAGCAGCAACAGCAGCAGCAGCAACAGCAGCAGCAGCGGCGCCGAGCAGAGCAGCAGCUGCAGCAGCAGCAGCAGCAGCAGCAGCCGCAGCAGCAGCAGCUGCAGCUGCAGGGGCGACUUGGAGAAGGGAGGCCUUACGGCAGCAACACUUAAGGCAGCAGACAGCGGCAGCGACAGCAACAAAGUCGACGAGCCGGCAGACGCUGUUUGGCCGUUUGGAGGCUCACCGGGAUCUUUAACAAUAGCUGGAUGGAGGCAGUCGGUUGCAGUCGGCAUGCAGCUGCAGCGUUCCUUGGCUCAGCUGCGCCGUUUUUGCUGCUGCGUGUGUGCUGCUGCAUCGGCGGUUCCCUCCAGAAGUGCAGUUCCGACUGAGCCGGCUGCAGCAGCAGCAGCAGCAGCUGCUGCUGCUGCUGCUGCAUCCAGGGAGGAGGAUCUCCGGCGCGACGUUCGUGUGAUGGUGUGCAGCACAGAGUCUAUCCGGUGCAUUCAAACUGCACAGGCAGUCAUAUCUGGGCUGCAGCUAGCUGGAAAUAAUGGGGGGGGGGGUCUGCAUGUAGACACUGAGAGCUCCCUGUACACCGCAGCCGCGGGGUCUGCCGCCUCUUUGGCUCUGAAGGCGAAGAGUCCGCUCGUGAAGCUGCACAAGCGGAAGGCGCUGUGCUGCAGCAGCAGCUAUGCGGCUGCAUGCGCCUCUCUGGAGGGGGAGGCUGCACUGCUGCGGGAGCUGACAGGGUGGCAGAGCAAGGAAGGUCUUCGCGUCAUGAAGAAGUUCGUUUCUCUCUAUGGAGCCUAUCUGUAUCAUGGCAUACCGCUUCCUUUCUUGCAUGGCGGGAGCACCUCGAACCUUUCGCCUCUGGCAGGCAGCAGCAGCAGCAGCAGCAGCAGCAGCAGCGUCAGCAGCAGUGCUAGCGGCAUGGCGAGUCACACCUCCAUUGCCACUGCCGCGAGCAACUGCAGCAGCACAAGAAGCAGCACUGCAUGCAGCUCCCUUACCACUCCGCCAAGAGACUUCCCCCCCCUCCUCGGCAGUCUUCUACAGCCCGUCGGUGGUGGGCUGACGGCAGACUGUACGGAUGCGCAGCAUGAGCGAUCUCCAGCGGUUGAAGUAUGCGUUUCAGCAGCUCAAGAUGCAGCAGCCCAAGAUGCAGAAGUAUGCGUUUCAGCAGCUCAAGAUGCAGCAGCUAACGAUGCAGCAGCUCAAGAUGCAGAAGUAUGCGUUUCAGCAGCUCAAGAUGCAGCACAAGAUGCAGCAGCUCAAGAUGCAGCAGCUAACGAUGCAGCAGCCCAAGAUGCAGCAGCUCAAGAUGCAGCAGCUAAAGAACAAAGCGAUGGGGAAACCGUCGAGAUUACCCCCAAGGAGCUUCUGGACGCAAUAUUUAGAGGGGCUGAUCUCGUAGCGCGUCUGCAAUACGCAGAAGAAGAAGCGGGAUGGAGAGCUGGCGGUCUGAGCCUCAUUGAGAUUGCUGCCCGUCUGGAGCGCAUGGCGAACGGCAGUGCGGCUGCUGCUGCAUGCAGCCCCCUUCCUCCCCCCCUCGCUGAGGGGGUUGGGGAGACUUCUGAGGCGGAUGUCGAGGGGCUUUGUGUGUUCGUGACGCAUCAGUCGGCUCUCCUCGCGCUACAGGCUGCCUUGGGGGUUGAAGCUGCCCACAUCCAGAUACCCCAGUUCGGCUGCUAUCUGCAGGCAGACUUGUUGCUGCUUAAGCCUUUGAACGACGACAGUGGCGACGGCAGUAGCGCGGGGGAGGCGCAUCAAAAUAGUGCAGCAGCAGCUGAGCAUAGCCAGCCAUCGUCGGGGGUGCCUGUUGUUUUUGAGCAACAAGCUGCGUGGUUGAGCGGGGGUGAUUGCUGUUGUUGCAAGGCGUGCGGUCUUGGCCGUACAGACACCCCAGCCGUUGGUUUUCCGAGUGUUGCAUCAGGGGAAGAGACGUGUCUUGAUGGGCCUGUUAAUCAGGCGAAGGCAUUUCCCUUGCCGAUAGCGCAUCCCUUGGUGUCUCUGCUGCCCUUUGAGCCAAAAGCGAAGAGGCAGCUCCAUCCGAAUGUUGUUGUGCGUUGGCUGGUGGACGGAGAGCAGCCGCUGGUGUUGCCGGAGAGCUUGCGCUGGAAAGGCUCGUCGAGGAGCAGCAAAAGCACUUCCUGCAACGUGGUGCUGCUCGAUGAUUUGUUGCGGUUUGUAGACACGCGGUGGGAUCGCUUCGGAGCUCCCCUUCCCCCGGAACCCCUCCUGACUCACCGUGUUGCGCAGAUGACGGAGGAGCUCGAGCAACAGCAGCAGAAGAUGUGCGACUUUGCCGAGCAGCAGCUGCUCGCUGCGCAACACCCCCGCGUCCGGCGCUGCAAGCUUAAGCUGGCUGGCUCGUGCGCUGCGGCAGGAGGAUUUAUUUCUGCUGCGGCAUCCUCUCAAAAAUAA